AUUUGCGGCCACCUGUGGAAGCAGCAGAUAAGGAACAGGUUGAAGAACGAAGCGGAAUUUUAUUUGCCAAAUGGAGCGUGCUACUGGUUCUCGGCACAGGCUUUGCUCACUUCGCAAGAGCCCAAAAAAUUGAUACCACUUCUUCCUCAAGAGUUCCAGACGGUGGAUAUGCAUCCUCCGAACAAGAAAAACGAAUACGUCUAUGCACUCGGUCAGGCUGGGACUUCCGUGCACUUUCCGGACGAUCCGUCCCAGGUGGUCCUUGGCGCUCCAGGCAUGUUUUCUUGGCGAGCCAAAGCCUUGCUUCAUCAUAAAGUGCUUGAGAUGUCGAGAAUGUCCAAGGGACUCAAGGUAAUCCACCUUGCGAAGAGCAGUGAGCAACGAUUCGCAUUUUCAUGGGAUACGACUACGAGUGCCUGGUGCCUGCAUGGUCUUAAGCCUUCUGCGAAAGCGCCUUUCAAUUUCUAA